AUGACCCCGACGACGGCAACGGAGACCAUAUCCGCAAAUGAUGAUACCUCCAUGACCAGACUCCGGCUAUCAUCCGGAAACGGACCAGUCUACCGCGCCGUCUCAAAAGCACCGCUGAGAGAGGCAUACCCCUCCGAGAUCCCCAUCAUCGACGUCUCCGGCAUCUUCAGCGGCCCCGAGUCUGACCGGAUGAGUGUCGCAAGCCAGAUCCGAGACGCCGCCACGAAUAACGGUUUCUUCUACAUCAAGAACCACGGUAUUCCGACCGAGGUGACAGACUGGGCGUAUGAGACGCUGCUGGAGUUCUUCCGGCAGUCGGCCAAGAUCAAGGAGCGUGCCAAUGUGAGCCAGUCCAGGUACUACAACGGGUACAAGCCGCCGAAGUCACAGCGCAUCAACCCGUUCGAGUCAGUCGAUGUGCGUGAGACUUUCUCGUGGACAUAUGACCCAAGAUACGACCCUUCGGUGCCCGAUCCGGCCGCUAUACCGCCGCACAUCGCCAAGUAUCUGCGCUGUGAGGAUUUCCAGUGGGAAGCGACGGCCAAUCUACCUCACCUCAAGGAGGCCAUCGUCGCGUACUGGCGCGCAUGCCUCUCGCUCGCAAGAGCGCUCGUGCGCGCGUUCGCGCUCUCUCUAGACUUGCCAGAAGACUCCUUCCUGGAGAAGUUCACGCACCCGGACGCCGCGCUCGCGUUGAACUACUACCCACCAAUCCCAGUACCGGAAACAACCUCGUCGUCUGAGAACGGGGAGACACAGGUCUCAAUCGGCUCGCACACAGACUUCCAGUUAUUCACAAUCCUAUGGCAGGACGACAACGGCGGGCUGCAGGUGCUGAACCGCCAGGGUCAGUGGAUCAACGCGAAACCCAUCCCCGGGACAUUUGUGGUUAACAUUGCCGACUACAUGGCCCGCAUCACCAACGAUCGGUACGUCAGCACCGUGCACAGGGCGCAGAACUGGAGCGGGAGGGAGAGGAUCAGCAUGCCGUUCUUCUUCGGCUUCAACCUCAACGAGAGCUGCGGGGUGCUCGACAGCUGUCUUGCCGAGGGUGAAGAGAGGAAGUACGAGGAGAUAAGCUGUGAGGACUGGGUGCAGAGGAGGGCAAAGGCGAUGCAUACGACCGAGGAUGCUAAAUAA